GAGAUUAGAAAAGUAGUAGUAGAGUAGGUAACGUUGCCCAGUUCACGAUGUUCACACUCAACUUUUAGUAACAGUAUCGUUGCGGUUUCAUUUGAAUUCAGGUGCAAGUGUUUGAGAAUAAUAAUCAGAAAUGUCGACAUCUCUUCCAACAUUAUACGAACAUUACACCUCUGGUGGUAUAGUCGAAGGUCUGAAUGCAAAUCAGACGUAUUUUACGUUGAAUCAGAAAAACAUCACGCUUUUCAGCGGAGCGUUGCAUUAUUUUCGUGUUCCACAACAGUACUGGCGGGACAGACUGAAGAAAAUGAGAGCUGCGGGAUUAAAUGCUGUGGAUACGAAUGUACCUUGGAAUCUUCACGAGCCACAGCCAGGUGUGUUUGAUUUCGGGGAUGGUGGCACCGAUUUCCAAGAAAUGCUAAAUUUGGAAAAGUUUCUGAAGACCGCUCAAGAAGAAGACUUGUUAGCCAUAGUUCGACCAGGUCCGUAUAUUUGUUCUGAGCAUGAAUUCGGAGGUUUACCAAGUUGGCUUCUUCGAGAUACUGGGCUAAGAAUUCGUACUUCUGACGCCACUUUCAUGAGAUAUGUCAAAAGAUUUUUCGAUGCUUUACUACCGAUUUUAGUAGCUUUGCAAUUUACCAGAGGAGGUCCCAUCGUAGCAUUCCAGAUUGAAAACGAAUACGGCAACACAAACAGUGAUGAUAGAGACUAUAUGAACGCACUUAAAGACAUGUUUGAAGCCAGUGGUUUAGUUGAGUUAUUGUUUACGUCCGACACGCCUACUUAUGGUACUUCCGGGGCAUUACCUGGUGUACUUUACACUGCAAAUUUUCAAAAUAACUCGCUCAGAGAACUUCAAACUCUACAGUCCUAUCAACCUGACAAACCUCUUUUGGUAAUGGAGUAUUGGAGCGGUUGGUACGAUCACUGGACCGAGGAUCAUCAUAGCAUUCCCAUCGAGUAUUUUUCCUACGUUUUGGAAACAAUUUUAUCUUUCCCGGCUUCCGUUAAUUUUUACAUGUUUCACGGUGGAACGUCUUGGGGAUUUUUGAAUGGAGCCAAUCUCGAAGACUUUACCACCACAAAUAAUAGUAAAUUGCAACCUGACAUUAGCAGUUAUGAUUACAAUUCACCUUUAUCGGAACCAGGUGAUUACACUGAUAAGUACUACAGUCUGAAAUCUCUCAUAGAAAGUUACACAGUAACUAAAACCCUUAUCCCAGAAAUGCCCAAUGAAACUAUAAGAGUUGCUUAUGAUGCAAUAGAAGUAACCCAGCAAUUACCACUUAUAAAUCUCAUCGAAAAUAAUGCAGAACAUAUUAUAGACAGUACAUAUCCCAUUGCUAUGGAACUGUUACCUAUUAACAAUAAUUCUGGACAGAGUUACGGCUACAUAGUGUACAGGAAAGAAGGGAUAAAUAUUCCUGCGAACUCUGUGCUGGCAAUUGAGGGCCACGUUUGCGAUACGGUCAUGGUUCUUAUCAAUGGACAAUUGGUUUCUAAGGUGCUCACUCAGGUAGACGAUCUUGAUGGUUUCGGUUAUUGGAGAUUACCAAAUCCUUCUCUAAAUUUGGGUAGCAGUAGCUAUACGAAUGCUACACUGGAUUUGUUGGUGGAAAAUUGGGGUCGUGUAAAUUAUGGUUAUUUGAACCAGUUUAACCAAUUUAAGGGCUUGUGGCAAGGAAACGUAACAUUAAACAAUGUAGUAUUGACCAAUUGGAAGAUAAUUCCAUUAGAGUUCAAAAAACAAUGGACGAAUAAUUUGAGCGGAUGGCGAACUCCUAAUUUUGAAACCGGACCGUCGUUGUACAAAGGGAUUUUGAAUGUUGACAGUCCUUCUGAUACCUUCAUUGAUAUGAGGAAUUGGACGAAAGGGAUCGUGAUCCUUAACGGAUUUGUUUUAUCGCGUCAUUUUAGAAUAGGACCCCAGCAAACAGCUUACGCACCAGCUCCAUUCUUUGUAACAGGAAAUAAUGAAAUUGUUAUAUUUGAACAUUUCGUUCCAGCAAGGCAUAUUCCCUUUUCUAAAGAUAUCAUUUUCGAAACUGUUUCGAUAAUUGAUUCGAACACCAGUUCGGCAUCAAAACUUAUCGGAAAUGUUCAAUUCGAUCUUAUAUUAUUGUUUUUGUUUAUGGUAACUUUGCUAGGACACUUAAAUCCUUAGAUUAGAUUAGAUUAUAAUUCAAAAUCGCAAGCAUUCUAUCUGUUUGCAAUAUUAUCGUAACAAAUAAAAUCAAGUAGGUACUUAUGGCAAAUAAAUUUUAUCAGUAUUGCAUUUGAUGGAUGUCAUACUCAUUUUUUUGUAGUGGUAAUAAAUUUAUUGAAAUUGCAGUUAA